GAGCAGGAGGAGAGCUCUCAAGAGCCUGUGAAGCUAUUCCCGGAGCUCCAGCUUGAGCUCUGGUUGACGGGUUGAUAUACUUGUGCAACACCUGUUAUUUUUUUCUUUUGCUUUACCAGAUUGACCUAGGAAAACUCACAUCCAAUCAACAGCAAUUGUCUUUCACCACACCCCAUCGGCCGCAUGGUCUCGACCACCAACCGUUCUUCCGUCUUCACCACCCAUUCCGACCCGCGAGCCCUCCAAUCACGCCGCCUUCUGACUCCAGAGCCACUCGUCGACGAACACAUAGCUGCAGCCAUAGAGAGGGUGUACGGUAUAUUUGCUGGAUCAGCACCGUAACCAAGUUUCUGCCCGGCCUGCUGCUUCGACCGUCCAAUCCCGCGAGACUCACGAUUUCGUCACCCCGCCACCAAAUCCCGCCCAAGACAGCUCGACGAUUUUGCAGAUCUUGUAGCACCAUCAUCCCAUCCUCUUUCGUCUUGCGACUUGAGCCGAUACCCCCCAGCGCCCACCCACCUGCCAAAAUGAUGCGCAUCCCGACUCGCGACCUGGCCCGCUAUCUGCUCAAUGGCCAGCUCCCCCACCAGGGCUGCUUGGUCGCGGCACGGCGCCCCUACAACCGUCUGUCGGCCCGUUCCGUACCAGUAUGGUCGCGUGCCUCGCGUUUCGAAUACACAAGGGCGACAUACGCGACCGCAACGCCGGAAGCACCGCCGGUUCCGCUCAGGAAGAAGCUCAAGGAGGAGAAGAAGCAACUGAAAAAGGAGGCGAGGUCCCAGAAGCCCAAGGGGAGCAACCAGACGGUCGAGGGGUGGGAGUUGACCGUUGGAAUCGAGAUCCACGCCCAGCUCAACACGGCGCGGAAGCUCUUCUCCCCGGCGGCUACCUCGUUCAACGACGACCCCAACUCCCACGUAGCCCUCUUCGACGUCGCCAUGCCCGGCAGCCAGCCUGAGUUCCAAAAGGAGACGCUCAUCCCGGCCCUGCGCGCCGCCUGCGCCCUGAACUGCGACAUUCAACCCGUCAGCCGGUUUGACAGGAAACACUACUUCUGGUGGGACCAGCCCGCUGGUUACCAGAUCACACAGUACUAUGAGCCAUUCGCCCGCAACGGCCGGAUCGAGCUUACUGCCCGGGACGGCAUCGCCGCCGAGGACGGCGAGGGCGUAACCAUCGGCAUUCAGCAGAUUCAGCUGGAGCAGGACACCGCCAAGACCCUGGCCCAACCGAACGACGUCUCCUGGCUCGACUUCAACCGGGUCGGCACGCCCCUCAUCGAGAUCAUCACCAAGCCAGAGCUGCACCACCCGCGUACCGCCGCCGCCUUCGUCCGCAAGGUCCAGGCUCUGCUCCAUGCCGUCGACGCCUGCGUCUCGGGCAUGGAAACGGGCGGCUUGCGCGCCGACGUCAACGUCUCGGUCCGCAGGGCGGGAGAUCCGGACACGCCGCUGGGCACGCGGACCGAGAUCAAGAACCUGAGCACCAUCAAGGCCGUCGAGGACGCCAUCAUCGCCGAGCGUGACCGGCAGAUCGCGGCGCUCGAGGCUGGCGGGGUCAUCGCCAGCGAGACGCGCGGCUGGACGCUGGGCUCUAAGCAUACGCGCAGGCUGCGCGGCAAGGAGGGCGAGGUCGACUACCGCUACAUGCCAGACCCGGACCUCGGCCCCCUGGUGAUCGGCGAGGAUCUCGUCGGUCGCAUCCGCGACUCCGUCAGGGACCUGCCGGACGCCGAGCUGACGGAGCUGAUCCGCGACUAUGGGCUGACGGCUAAGGACGCGCAGUCGCUCAUGUCGAUGGACGACGGCGGCAGGCUCGAGUACUUUUACAAGGUCGUCGGGGAGCUCGGCAGGGGCCUGGCCGAGGCGGAACCUGCCGGCGGUUCCUCGCCGUCGCCACCGCCCCUGCGCUCCUACGCGCCUCUCGCGUGCAACUGGAUCCUCCACGAGUUCGGCCGGCUGAGCGCCGACAAGGAGGAUCCGCAGAACGCGCCGCCCUACAUCAGCCCCGACGGCCGCUUCGACAGGCUGCCGCACACCGCCGUCGCCGAGAUCCUGGUCCACCUGCACCGGCGCGCCAUCACCGGCCGGGUCGCCAAGGAACUGCUGGUGGCGGCGUACGUUGGUGUCGUCCCAUCCUCCGUCACGGAGACCAUCCGGGAGCACGACCUGUGGUUCAAGGAGAUGACGGAUGACGAGUACCGGCAGCUCGCUGAACGAGCCGUCGAGGGCGAGGACAAAGUGCUCGAGGAGUUCCGCGGCGGGAAGAAGAAGUACCCGCAGGGCAAGCUGAUGUACCUCGUCGGCAAGAUGAUGCGCGAGGGCGACACGGAGCGGAUCGACCCGUCGGGCGCCGAGGGAGUCAUGCGCCAGCUCGUCCGGGAGCGGACGGGUGCGCAUCAGGAAUGAUGUUCUCUUUGCUCUUUUUCUUUCUUUCUUUGGUUACGGUUCUAGAAGAGAACACCUAUCUGUGGUAUCUAAGCCCAUGUGCGUGCCCCUUGCCCUUGAGGGCACGUUUGUAUUGUACAAUGUAUCAUAACAUCAUUUCAGCUCGAUAAUACGAGCGCAAGGCUUGGUCCGUCAAGUACCUCCCAUC